AUGGACGCGAACGACCCCAUCGUUGCGUCUUACGACGUCUUUCUCACCGACUCCCAGAUCGCACGAUAUGUCUUCCAAUUCCCCGACCGCGACCGCGACCCCGAGAUUGGCGGACCGUACAAUGAGAGCGCCGGACAGAAGCCUGCAGUUCUCCGGAUGAAGCCCAAGACGGGGCUCGUCGAAAUCGACGUGCCAAUCAAUACGUCGCCGGGCCACUAUGACACGGCCAAAGGUAUUAAAUACGGGGAAGCGCUGAAGGAGAGUCGAGUCUUGAAAGGCGGCGGCGCGUUCGGUCUCGCUGGCGGCUUCAAUCCGAAUGCGCCUAGCAGAGUCAAGAUGGAAGGUGGCAGUGUGGAAAAGACGGAAGAUACCAAGAGUUCGAAAGUGCAGACUAUAUUACGCACGCAGACGCUUGCGGGGAGGAUAAAGGAUGCUCAUGAGGGUGAUCCCAUGUAUAUGCUGGGGGCUUUCCGAGGGAAGAACCUAUUCAUUUCACCAGUCUCCGCAGUAGUCCAAUUACGCCCUCAGCUACACCACAUUGACGCCUUUGAUGAAACCUCGAAAAGUCGAGUACUACGCGGGAAAAAGGACGGUGACGACGAUGGUGCCCGAGAGGCAGAGGCCCGGCCUGUUGAUGUCAAAAUCAAGUCAUCUGAGGCUGGCGAGGGCUCUGUGCCACUGAACGUCAAACUGUUGAGGGAGAUACAGGACGAACGAUGGGAAAACUAUGAAUGGGUAGAUGCCGAGACAGAAGACUCGUGGGCUACAUACGAAACAUACAUGAUCCACAACAAUCCUGAAGAGCUUCCCGGGUUGGAAGCUGCUAUUGACGAGGAGAGCUACCUCGACGCGAUGAGCGCACCCCCUGAUCGCAUUGUAUAUCUUACAAAUCAAGCUACUCCACACGUUACCGAUAAGCUUCCCACUUGCAUGUCCAACUUCUCACCCCACUUGCGCUCGCCAGCAGAACAAACACCAUGUAACACGCUCACAAGCAUGGCGACAACACAGUCCCCGGCCGCAUUGGUGGCCGCCUCGCUCCAGGACGGAAAAGUGCAUCUGCUCCUGGCCGCCAGCGGCUCCGUCGCAACGAUCAAAUUACCACUUAUCAUAUCCUCGUUCGCCGAGUAUUCCAACCUCUCUAUUCGAGUCAUUUUUACCAACAGCGCAACCCACUUUCUCGCCGGUCAAUCCGCUGAGCAACCCACCAUCGCCGCCGUCGCUCAACUGCCCAACGUCGAUGGCGUCUACGUAGACCAGGACGAGUACUCGGAGCCGUGGACAAGGGGUGCACCCAUUCUACAUAUUGAAUUACGACGAUGGAGUCACCUACUUGUGAUUUGCCCCAUGUCGGCGAACCUGCUGGCCAGGAUAACCCACGGCCUGUGCGACGACCUUCUCACAAGUACCAUACGCGCAUGGGAUACUGACGGCGCUCUGGACGGGCUGGUACACGGACGGAAAAAGAGGAUCAUUGUUGCGCCAGCCAUGAACACCGCUAUGUGGACGCAUCCGCUCACGGCACAGCAAAUCCGAGUCCUAGAGGAAGAAUGGGGUGUCCAGUCAGACGGUUCUGGCUGGUACGAAGUGCUGAGGCCGCAAGAAAAGACUUUGGCGUGUGGCGAUACCGGUGUUGGCGCGAUGAUCGCGUGGCAGGAGAUUGUCAAGGUGAUCAAGACCCGGCUUGCCUUAGAGUAG